AUGCGAAGCUCCGACCUGGACCCUGAAGACCCUCGUGAUGCUUCGGGUUUCCCACCAGACCAUCACUUCUCUCAACGCUGCUCCACACCCGAAGGAAGGCGAGCAUCCGUCAAGAUUCUUCGACUGGCCUGCUUCAAGAUAGCUCGAGGGUCCGCGCAACCGAAUCCGGCUUCGAUUGGCUCUGCGCUCGCUGCAGCCACCCGCGGACCUCGGAGCUGUCGUGCGUGCAUGUCGACUUGCGCUGGCCUAGAGAAGCGGCCAGGGCGCAUCGCCUGCAUCCAGCUCGACUCCAAGCAUGCCGAUGUGGCUCGAAAUGUAGACACGGCUCUGCGCCUUGCCGCCGGUCUCAUCGCCGACCGAUUCGCGGAUCCGGUCGAUCUCGUCGUGCUUCCCGAGCUCGCGCUGACGGGCUAUGUGUUCGAAUCCAGAGAGGAGCUCGAUCCGCUCCUCGAGGAUGCAAGCACCUUCUCAGCGCCACGCCCCAUCUCUAGGCCUGCGCCGUCGAGCGAUGUGUCUGCCUUCAUCUCGGCGUGCCGCAGCUCGUGCGUUGGUUCGGAUCAUCCGAGCCUAAACCUCGCAGCUCAUGUGGCGCAGCAGCUGCAAUGUCACGUUGUCAUCGGCUUCCCCGAGCGCGGGUCUUCCGACCAUGACCAGGCGAUACGCGCAGCCGCGGCUGGCGCAACCGCGGUCAGCGCCCCUUUCGACGCAAGGCCCAUCGAGCACCGCGCCGAGCCGAGAGCGAUCGACGACCGCGCCGCCUACAACUCGGCUGCCCUGAUAGCGCCGGACGGAUCGCUCCUGCACGUCUUUCGCAAGCAUUUCCUGUUCGAGACCGACGAAAAAUGGGCGGUCCAAGGCAGCGGAUUCCAGGCGCUCCAUCUGCCUGCGCUUGGCACCGUCUGCGUCGCCAUCUGCAUGGAUCUCAACCCAUUCCGAUUCACCGCCCCGUUCGAAGACUACGAACUCGCGUCCUUCUGCGUCGAGCACGACGUGGACCUGCUCGUCAUGCCCAUGGCCUGGUUGGCGCCGAGCGACGAACGCCAUCAGCUUGAAUCAGACCAAGCCGCUGCGCCGCUACAGCCCAGCCUGUCAACGAUCAACUACUGGGCGUUGCGUUGCAAGCCUUUCUUUCAGCCGCCCAAGCCCUCGGUGUCGCCCUCGGUGCCGUUGUCCGAGCUUGGCGAGGUUCGACUGCACAAGCAAAGAUACCUCAUCACGGCCAAUCGGGUGGGUCGGGAGCGCGACUCGAUCUUCGGUGGCUCCUCCUGCGUCCUCCAGAUGAAGCCCCACGAGCGGCCUCUCCUAAUCGAGUGCCUCAACUCUGCCGAGGAAGCCUGUCUCGUAACUACGCUACCCCGCUAA